AUGGCUUAUGUCCCUGGUACGGCCUGGCAGGGCAAAUACCCCCACCAUGAUGAACCUCUGCCCAAUGUCUGCUCCGCUAGCUCACGUGCUGACGCAGUGCAAGAGCUCGUCAGCUUGCUUUCCCCGCUUCUUCCCGGUCAGCCCUUCUCAGGCUCUCGACAGCUCCAGGCAGAAGAACAUAGAGAGAUCCUAUCCGCAAUUCAAAAUCUGGUCCCUACUCUAUCACGCGAUGAUAGAGUUUUUGCGACUUUCCACGAUGGUCAAGUGCAUGACCCGCUUGGAGGUGGCUCUUAUGCCUUUGAGAAAGAUCUCGUGGGUCCACUUCUGACAGCGCUCAAAGAUGAUGAGAUUCACUCACUGACUCGAGAGGAUGCGCGACAUCGUGCGCAUUUUGAUGGCACUAUAACUCGGCCAAUCAUCAUUCAUGCUGGAGCGCAACCCAAUAAUUCCCCUCACGUUGGCACACUCAUCGUCUUUUGCUAUGCCUUCGCAGUUGCUCGAGAGAUCCGUCGCAGACUGCUUGAAAAGGAGGCUCGCAGUGGUCGUAGAAUGCCCCCUGUCUCAGUCCAGAUUACCUUUGUCGACACUGCACCAGUGAAUGGUUAUGAUAAGAAAGUCAACGGUGUCAAAUACCAAACGGCAUACAGAGACGUCAAUGGAGCCCUUGCAGUAAACCUUCCAGAUUAUUAUCAAGUCAUGCAUUUCCUGUCAGCCUGGGCCGAUAUUCCCUUCACAACAUCUUACCAGUCGCAAUUCUUCUCUGGUCCUUACAUGCCUGAGCUCAUCCGUUACUUCGCGGAAUGCCGUCGGACUCUGGGAAAACAACUUUCUCCCAAGUACGGCACAGUGGCUCUUCGUGCGGCUUGCCCUGUUCCAGACUGCAGAUUGGCGGAGAAACAUGGAGUUAAUAAUGAAUACAGUCCCCUUAUGAAAUUCGACGACGACAAUAUGGAAGCCGGCGAUGAUAAUGACUGGAUCAUUACUUUCCACUGUCCAACUCAUGGGCCUCAUUACAUCAGCACUGACAAUCCAGCAGACCUUGCCCGUCUAGAAGCAAACGCCCCGGCGCGUAAUCUCCUCCGCAGCAUGAGUCAGUUAAUGGAUACCGAGACACACCAUGUGCGCGUGACGGGUGCCGACUACGCUGGCAUGUAUCAAGAGACGUUCCUUUACCGACCCCUGGCAGAUUGGGCCUACAAGUCUACAGGAGGCCUAGGAAUACCACGCACUCCCCAUAUCUUGUAUGCUCCAUUGAUUAUGGAUUGGAGUGGGGCGAAGCUAUCCAAGUCUUUGUAUGUUCGCAAGGACGGGUAUCAGGCAAUGAAGCUUCUUGGAACCGAUUCGCUCUGCAGCUAUGCACAGAUGAAGGAAUAUUUUGGCGAUAACGGGACCAAGGGACUAGGAAGACUGUGGAGAGAGGUGACCGAGUGGAUGGAUGAUCCGAAGAAAUUAUUCAGAGCCUUCUCGAUUGAAUAUUUGCGUGGUAUUAUCAUUGACGGUGAAAGAUGGAAUUGA